GCCAAGAGCCAGCCGCCCUGUCUUCCCCAUGCUUGGUCCCUGCCGAUGUAAACACUGAGUCAGCCAAUGACGGCGAUUCAUGGGAUCUCCUGAGUUGUCUGCCCGCAGAAGCUCACAGUUCGUCGAUGGUUGAGGUAACUCGGUCACGUCUGCUAUUCAAAGUGUACAAUACGGCCGCGCAGUAUUUCACCGAAAAACGCAAAAUAUUCUUUUUAAAAAUCUAUCUUAAAAACUUAGUUUUUGGGAUUCUUUAAUAUCUCUACGUACAAGAAACAAUUUAACAAAAUGUGACUACCAAAUUCUGACAAGGGAAAUAAGUUGCCGAAUAGGAUUUUUUAAAUUCACCUUUCUUGAGCAGACGAUAUUUAGCGUCAGUUUCAAGAUGUAUUUCCCUUUCAUGAACACUGAAGUGUGUUGUUCAUGCUGUCGUUGUGCAUGUCUACCAGAGUAGCGCUUCUAGUGAAACUCCUGUUGGAUGAGUUCAGAUCUCUUUCAAUGCCAUGAACUGCUGGUCCGCCAACCCGCCCCAGACCCGCCUUAAAGUCUUUCCUGAGGGCUCUUGCGAUUUUCAGCUGGCGUUGGAAGAAUCAUUUCCCUUGGAGAAGAACUGUGAUAAUGGCGAAGCUUUACUGAAACGACGCCGCGACGGAAAUAAUAACAGUAACACUCGCAAACUAAAGUCACGUGAUGACGAGACAUUGCUGAGCUCGUUGUGCUGCUUUCGCACGUGUUCUUCUAGUCACCCUAAGCUCGAGAGUCUUCAUAAGAAUUUCAAUUUCUUGGAAGAGUCCUACAACUCCACCCUGUUUCCUGGGCUCAAUAGAAUGGGCACAACCUGCUCCAGCAACGCUUAUGAUAGUCGUGAUUGGUACAACGUGGCUGAUGGGUGCCCCGCGGAAAAUGUCAAACCCAAUCGUCGCAGCAAAAAGAAACAGACUCAUUACAAUAAUGAAGUUAACGGCGUUACAACAACUCCGGCCUGUACGUGUACGCUAAGUUCAGAAGCAAUCGCUUCCGUUGACGGCACCAGUAAAACAGUCUCAGACAGACGAUCCUGGCUGAGCGCGAAGGAAGGGUCUGAAGAAGUUCACGCACACAAUCAACAAAGCAACCGACUAUCACCCAGCGUGGACAGCUCCGGUCACAUCAAGCUGUCCAGGGUUUUUACCUCUGGUCGUGCCCGAGCAACUAGCAGCUGCGACGUCUCGCCACACCGGUUGCUGACUCGAAGGAACAAUUCUCCUUCUGGACGUUCGUUUACAUUUGACAGCAGAACCUCAUUUGCCGACGCUUUACGACAACGGAGUCACAGCUGGUCUAACGGCAGGUACGGGAGCAGGCCCAACUACUUAAAGCCGGCACCCAGCGCUCGAUCUUCCAUGCUUAGCCCUCCUGGGCAGCAUAAGCUUCUGUCGCCUAACUCAAUCCAGAGUACUUACAAAGAUCAGUUCUUUGGUUAUCAGAAACAUUCUUCAUCAAAUUCUAAAGUUUCAACCCAGGAAGAGUGCAAGAAGAAACCCCUCGAUGUCCACGACCCCAGCUGCCCAUUGCACGCAAAGACAUUUUUGAAAUCGCCAGAGGGGAACACGGUCGAUAUUUCCGUGAACUCGGACACCACUGACCCGUGCCUUAGUCCAGUGAUGCGACACAGAUCCGCCAGUGAAUCUCAUACCACCAGGCCACGCAGACUGCUGCCUCGGACUCCAGGGAGUGAAGGUCAAGAUCAUGUCCAUGUCCGCUGGGCAGACGAGGAGGACGGAUCAUCUCUCAGCACCAGCGUCUUUCUGUCCAGUAUACGUCCGAGGUCUUAUUCGUACGGCGCUGCGGACAGUGUACCACACAGACCAAUACUCAAAAAAGUCGCCGGACUUUAACGUAAUAUUAUAUCUUAUAGCUCUGACCAUUCUGACCUUGACACAUAAUUAGGACACGUUUUGUGAUAAUUUUAUUUUGUAAUACUGUCUACCUAAAGAGGGGGAAGUAGGGGCGAUCGCCUUUUCUUCUUCAUCAAUUUAUGAAGAUCCGCCCUUGUGUCUGUCAUCACAUCACGGCUGAGAUAUAUACAUAUUUUGCGGAUUCUCACUCUAGACAUACAUUUUUAAAAAAUUAUUUACUGAAGACAAUAAUACACAAAAAUGCUCUGCUAGACACUUACCUAGAUAUAUAUUCUUCUGACGAUUCUUUAACUAAAUUGCUUUACUAAGAAUUUAGGGUGAUACGAAGUUUUGUGAAAGUGGUACCUCUAUUUGUCAUUCUGCAGUUAAUUUGUGUUUGCGUAACCAACACUAUCAUUAAGUGCAUGUUUCAUUGAUUUAUAAUCAAACUAAUUACCGUACAUGUGUUAAUGAUUUGAAAAAAAGGCUUUAGAUGGUCAAGAAUCUGAUUAAAUAACUCGAACGUGAAGACGGAUAUGGCUGUUGAAAUUGUCUUAAGUAAGUUCGAAUCUCGGUAAGACCGGUAUUUGAAUUUUGUUAUUUUAUUUUCUGGACUCUGUGUCCACCCAGCUCUAUCGGGUACCAGACAUGCGUUAGUCCUGUCAUUUGUUGUAAUAGACAUUUGUUGGACAUAACAUUUUCUGCACAUAACAAUGUUUGCAGCUGACAUUUUCUAUACAUGACAUUAGUUAUAAAUGACAUUCUAUGUAGCUUACAUUUGAGCGCAAUACACAUGUUGUAACGUACAUAUGUUAUACAAGCUACUGGUUGUCACUGACAUUUGCUGUACAUGACAUUUGUUACACAUGACAUUCUCUGUAGCUGACAUUUGCUGUACAUGACAUUUGUUAUAACUAAUAUUUGUUUUACCUGACAUUUGUUUUACAUGACAUUUAUUGGCCCUGACAUUUGUCUGGGAAGAUAAAUAAAGAAGUAAUAGCUUUUACUUUUACUCAACAUUGAUCAGCAUUUCUUUAUUUAUUUUAUGUUUCCAUGACAGUAAAAAUAAAAGAUUCAAUUCCACGUUUGAGAUUCAACAA